UCACGUGAUACAUAAAUGGAGAAAAUGGCGUUUUAGUUUUUGUAGAUAUUUUCCUGUCAAGAAACUUUAAGUUUUUGUUAUUUGAAUAAUACUUGAUAUACUGUACAUUAUAGUCAUAUACAACGCACGUAAGGAGGCCUAAUUUUAAAUGAAGAAAAAAAAGAGUGUGUUUAUUUUCAUUGCCAUUGGAAGGAAGCAGGUAUGCACGUCAAGAGACAGUCCUGGACGAAAACGUGAUGUUACUUGAACGUGUCAGGGCGGUCCAUGGCCAGAAAAAAGAUUCAACAGGCAGACAAAUUGAUGAUGAUCAUGUAAUUACAGACCACAACCGAUGGACAGAGAAUCUUGUGAUGAUCGUAAGAAAAGUAAACAUGACGUUGUUUCACUCAGUAAAUUUACAACCCAGAUAACUCAAUAUGUAGCAAACCUUUUUGAUAAAGCUAAAUACAGUGAUAUCCAGAUUAUUCUAAGAGACGGUCAUCAGAUAAAUGGUCAUAAAUUAGUUUUAUCGGCUCAGGGUGAUAAUUGGGGUGUGGCUGAUCUUCAUCUAGUUGAUGAGUUAGAUUUAACAGAUUUAGAAUAUGAAGUUGGUUAUACGAUGAUAAAAUGGCUUUAUACCGAUGAAGUUGAUAAAAGUUUAAAUAUUGAAGACCAGGAAAGAUUUACCAUAGAAUUGAUGAAACAGGCAUCCAGAUUUAAACUCCAUGAUUUAUAUAAAAGAUGUGAAGAAGAUUUAAUUAGUUGUUUAACCAGUGAAAACAGUCAGACAUUUUAUCAGCUGGCAGCAGAAUUAUCAGCUCAAAAAUUAAAAUAUUCGUGUUUACAGAUUUUGUCUUCUACGAAGGAAGAUGAGAAUGAAAGGGAAGAAAUUACUCCAGUCAAGAUGGUGGCCACACAGUUGGACGAUUCACCUGAAACCGGAACGUAUACUGAGAAGCAGAAACACUUUUCUUGUAAUAUUUGCCUUAAAUCAUUUGGAUAUCAGCGACUCCUUAAAUUACACGUCAAGAGACAUUCUGCAGUGAAACCAUUCCGAUGUGAAUUAUGCCCUGAAACGUUUCUGUUCUCCAGUCAUUUAACGGAACAUGUGUUAAUGCAUAAAGGAGAAGCGUCAUGCGAAUGUUCAAUAUGUAAACGGAUAUUUUACUGUAAGGAGAGGCUCCGUUCUCAUUUCCGGAUGCACCGACAGUGUAAAAAAUGUCUUCAAACAUUCACAACAGAGACUAAACUCAGAGAACAUCGAGAAAAUUGUGUCGUCGAAACCAAGGAGCAAUCGUUGUUCGAAUGUUUCAUUUGUAACAAAAGUUUUGAAAGCAAAGUUCGAUUAAGUUCACAUUCACGCUCACACAAACCCAGAACCAUUCCGUGUGACGUAUGUCCCAAAUCAUUCUCAUCUAAGCGGAAUCUGAAGAUGCAUCGUAUGAGACACUCGGCCAGUGCGUUAACAAAAGUGAAAUGCGACAUUUGUGGGUUACUAGUGCGCCCGUUAAAAAUGAAACGACAUUUAGAAGCUCACGAUCGUGGCGAGGCUUUGACCUGUUUAUACUGUAAAAAAUGUUUUGUUGAUGGUAAAACACGCGAGAAACAUGAAAUGACUCACAUUAAUUCACAAAUAGAGGAAAAACGCUACAAGUGCGAGUUAUGUAACCGAAUGUUCGCUACAAUCAGCAAUGUCACGAGGCAUAAAAAAAUCCACACAGGUGAAAAGUCGUUUCUGUGUAACAUUUGUGGAGAGGGAUUCGGUCAGUACAGUCAACUCCAGGUCCACAACAGAAUUCAUACGGGGGAACGACCCUUCGCGUGUAAGAUUUGUUAUAAAACUUUCACCUCGAACUACGUUCUACAGAAUCAUUAUCGCAUCCAUUCCAAUGACCGUCCUCACACCUGUGAUGUGUGCGGAUUAUCUUUUAAAUCUCCGUUUAAUUUUAAACGGCAUUCGCAGAAACACACAAAUCCUCGACCCUAUAAAUGUUCUGUUUGUGGUAAAGAUUAUACUAAAAAAUAUAUUCUGAAAAAUCAUAGUUGUCGACCUAAACAUUGAUUGAUCGAUCGACUGAUUGAUUGAUGUCCAAAAAGUCAUCUCAGUAAGAUCAGUCCAGGAUUGACCAUUAAGUAGAAUAAGAACAUGUUAAGGGUCCCUACAGAGUUUUUUCCAGUGCCAGAUUUAACAUGGAUUAUAGUUCAAAUGUUGUAUUUGAACAAGGGUUCACAAUAAAUGAAAAAAAAUUACUUAUAUAUAUAUAUAUGGAAGGUACCAUAAGUUUUUUAGUGCUCAGGGUCGCUAAUGGUCUCAAUCCAGCCCUAAGCAGGAUGUGUUAAACCCUAUAUUGUAGCAUUUUACAAAAACAUUCACAGAGCUGUGGACUAGAUAUUUGGUAAAAUGAUGAGUUGACAGUGAUAUCUUAAAACCAGUAAAUUUUAGAUUUUCCAUGAUGUGACUUGAGAGUCACACUGGCUCGCUAGCCCAGAGGUCGUGUGAGCACUCGCGGUGUUUGCCGAGAAAGUUGAUCAGGAUUUGUCGUCGUUUCCCUUUUUCAGUGGUGGUGCAGGACGGAGGACUUAAUAUUGGUUGAAACUAUCAAAUAAAAAAAGAACGGUUGAUAAAUAUUAUGACAAGAUAUUCUGUCAGUCCUAACACCACACUCUCUAUUUAAAAGAUUAAUCAUCUUCUUUAUCACUGGAUCCGAAUAACAAAAUCUAAUCACACACAGGUCUUGAAUAUGUUUUUCACUCUCCUUCCAACGCUGGAGCACUUGGGUACUUACCUACAUAUACAUCGAUUUCAACUCCCAAACGAUUCCAUCUUCACUUGUUUAAUUCUACUGACAUGUCCUUUGGUCCAUAUUCUGAUUGCUGUGAAGUGUAUUUGUAGCCUAUACUUCUUAGAUUUUGAUGUCUUUCGUGCAAGUAUCAUAACAUAGGAUUAUGUUGCUGUCACAAUCUGUAUAGAAAUCAGAUUUCGAACUUUGAAGUCUGCCAAUAUUUCACCCCUUCCCCGUGCCUAAAAAAUAUAUAUGAAAAUAUUUAGCACUCAAUUAAACAUUUUGGGUUUUAAUUUGCUGUUUAAUACACGUUGACUUUCCUCUGUUAAAAAAAUACCCCGUCGGGAUCUGAAACCCUCCAUUGGGAGUGUAGCUUUAGAUUCCUGUACAUUUCUUGAUUCUUUUACCAUGUCUCCUGAUUUCUAUAACCUGUGUCUUGAAUUCUAUAUAUCCUGUGUCCUUUAUUCUAUAUACUCUAGGAUCUGUGUCCUGAAUUCUAUAAACCCUGUGUCCUGAAUUCUAUAAACCAUGUAUGUAUCUUUUCCACAUCAAAAAAAUAUAUAUUAGCCAAUACGUACGACUCAACCAAAUUGUAAUUGAUCUAUAUUUGGUUCAGGUGGUAUUAAAGAAAUAGUAUUUUGUGUUAUUGGUUGAAAUCUUUCAUUUGUUGAUCUAUUAGUUUUCCUUUCUGAUGAAUGUAGAUGCGUCUUCUCUGUUACAAAUAUUAUGAUAUAUCAAACUCGUCAUAUAUUCAUGGUGUUUGCAACAGUAUCUACAAUAUCUCUUAUUGUCUAUAUUCAAUGAAUUUGAAAAAAUGUUUUCAGGCAUACAUCGAUUCUUCCUGUGUUUGUGUGACGACAUUCCCUUUAAGUGUUUCUAUGUAAGAUCAGAACUCCUAUAAAUUGGCAUAAAAUUAAAAUUGUUUAAUGUUAGUUCAUGUUCAGCUAAGUCAAGUAGUCUCAUUUUAACAUGAGUAUCACUUUUCCCCUGCACUAUUCUGUCACAUAAUAAAGAGGUUUCCAAAUCCUCUCUGCUUCCCACUAGCUGUCCUUCAAUCACAGGUCUGUCUCCAUCUCUAGGUCUUGCUCUCGCAGCAGACUUAAACUCAGAAGGGUUGUAGAGUUUAAUGCCACCUGAUCCUUAUAAUAAAAGAUUUACCUUCCACUUACAGUUAACCAAACUGUUUUCUAAAUCUUUUGCGAUUAUGUUUACUUCAAAAGUUUGUUUCCAUGCCUUCCAGGGUUAUCUGUUUCUAUUGGUUUAAACCGAGGAAGAACUUCCAUUUUGAUGGAGCAAGAAAACUAAAUGCUCUUGCCCCCCCCGCAAAUGUUGUGAUACUCCACAUCUUUGUUUCAAAAAUGUCCCUCUAAUUUGCUUGGAAAAUGCAAUUUGAGGGUCAUUUUGACACAAUUUGGCAUAAAGAACAGUAUAUUAUCAAAUACAGAUAUAAAUUAUAAGUUAAAAUAAUGGUAGAUUUGGGUGAAUCGUGUUAGCCCGGCUGUUGUGCAGCAAUUCUAUUGGUUAACAUUUGAUUCAGUGGGGUAGUGUGUCUAUGUGUGUCUAUUGUAGGUGGGUACUUUAAAGUUGGGUCUAAAUCCACCAAGUAAAUCAAUGCAGAUGUGUCCAGUCCAUCAUGGUCUGUAGUUUCCACUCUCUGUUUAAUUCUAGCUGAAGCGAGCUCGGUUUGUAGGUCAACAUUCCUGGCCUUUAGCUUUGUCAUGUCUUUAUCUUGCUCGAGUUGUUCGGUUUUCAACUUCAUCUCAGCUGAUUGAUGUAUCCUCUGUUUUAACUAGCUGUACACUGCCAUUCUUACCUCAUGUAUCUUAUCUCGUCGAUCGUUUGGUAGGGUUGGAGAAAGUUCAUAGGGAUUUCCCGACAUGGUUUCCCCUUGUCAGUGGUGCAGGAUGGAGGGCCUGACAAGGACAGCUGUUUUAAUUACAAGCUGGGAUCUAUGGUUGCUCAGUGACUAGAGAGAGAGAGAGAGAUGGGGUUUAAUGUCCACUCGACAUACACUAGGUCAUUUCGGGACUAACACAUGGUUCAAUUUUAUUUCAAUAAUUUGCUUGCGCGUAGGGGUCUUUAGCAGUGGGAGGAAACCGGGGGACCCAGAGAAAACCCACGCAGUUGGACAGGCAACCCUACUCCUUGUCACGUACAAGCAGGGAAUCAAAACCCCGCCAGUUGACUCAAUGACAGACCGUAUCAUACAGCGCACGCGUGCUAACCAUUCAGCCAUCCACACACACACACACACACCCCCCCCCCCCCCCGCUCAGUGACUAAGGCGCUGGCUCGCUAGCCUGGAGGUCGCUGGUUCGCUCCUGGUGUUGGCCGAGAAAGUUCAUCCCGAUUUUCUGACAUGGAUCCCCCUUGUCCGUGGUUCAGGACGGAGGGCCUGACAAGGACAGCUGUCUAGUCACUCAGAUGCGAUGAAAAACCAAGGUUCCGUGUAGACAAUGGCAUGCACGUAAUAAAAGAUCCCUUAGCAGUAGGCCACAGUGCCGCUGCCUGGGCAAAAUUUCUCUCAUAGCACACUGUAUGGUCUAUGCUGGUCUUCAUUAGCCUAGUAUAGGAGCGGAACAGUGGGACGUUUAACCCCAUUUCAUUUCAUUCUGGUAGUGUUGGAAAUUCUGAUUGUUCUGUUUUUGAUUUCUCCUUUCUCUAAAGGGACAGCAUCUGUUGUACUGUUUGGUCAGUUUCUGGUAAGUUUCUGGUACUAUUUCAUCACCACCAAGGAUUAAUGAUUCAAUCCUUAGAAAGUAUCGGAAACUUCUGUUGUGGAUGUAUUUAUCUCAACUGCAGUCUUAGCCAGAUCGUUGGAAAAAAAGAGUUCUCCAUAUUUUCUUGUCUGUCUCUCAUGAAUUGGGAUUUACUUUAGAUGGAUGAACUAAACGCAACUCUGAGACCUCCUACCUCUCCUUGUCAUUUUGUGGGUCUAUUCUUUUCAAUGAUAAUAUUCUAUAAUAUCUGCCUGAGUCUGUCUGUUUCUGUAGUUGUCAGUCCUUGUACAUGUAUUUGAACAGGCAUCAACUUCUGUCAUAGUCACAAUUUCAGAGUGUAAAUCUGUUCUGUUCUUGUCCGUAAAUCUAGAACCAUUCAUCUUAUUUUGGUCUUGCCAGUUUCAGUAACUGACCCUUUUGAAUUUAAUCCAAAGUCAUUUCUUCACUAAAAAAAAAAAUGUAUCCUUACACUGAAAAAAAAAACUUGUGUUUAAACAACACAAACUUGUGUUAUUUUCAACACAAGUUAGGUGUCUCUAUUUAACAACACAAACUGUCAGUGGUGUAGUCGCACAGUUGGGAGGACAAACCAAGGUCUCAUAUACACUUUAAAGAACCCUUGACAUGUUUAAUAAAAGAGUAAGUUGUAGCAAGGCUGCCAGGUCACAAUUAUCUUAAUAACAUAAAAAAGUAGGAUGUUAAACCCUAUUUCAUUUUAUAAGCAAGGAAAAGUCACUUUAAUGUACCUCAGGUUUUUUUUUUGUAAUUCUGUGUAUCUACCUACAUUUGGUUUCUAGAUAUUGCCUAUUUAAUACUUUAUGAUUUACGACCAAAUUCUAAGUGAUUUAUAGGUCACUUUACAAUCUAUAUUUUACACAAAUUUCUGGAGAGAAUUAAAAUAUAGUUGUGUUUAGGAAGGAUAUUUAACAUUAAAAACAAAAAAAAUAUUUAAAUAACCCGUCAAAUGCAACAGAUAACUUAUUAGCUUUUACAGUCACUGCAUUCUUUUUUAGAAUUAUAAAGUAAUUUGAUGUCUUUAUGUUCAAAAGGUAUAUGGUUGGCACUCUCGAACUUAAUCCAAAAUGAUUUCUUCAAUAAAAAAAAAUGUUAAAUACAAGAUAGUGUUUUUUUUAAGAACAUUUCAUUCUCAAAGACACCAUAGCCUGUAUUUCUCACAGACACCAUAGCCUGUAUUCUUCACAGACACCAUUGCCUGUAUUUCUCACAGACACUGUAGUCUACCAAUAUCCCCCCGUCCCUUCUCCCGUGCCUAAAAAAUAUAUAAGCCAAUAUUUAGCACUCAAUUAAAUGUUUUGGGUCUUACCGUGUUAUACAGGUUAAUCUUCCUCUGUUAAAAAUAUCCCGUCAGGAUCUGAAUCUCUCUAUAGGGAGCGUAGCUUUAGACUCGGUUAAAAAUAUCCCGUCAGGAUCUGAAUCUCUCUAUAGGGAGCGUAGCUUUAGACUCGGUUAAAAAUAUCCCGUCAGGAUCUGAAUCUCUCUAUAGGGAGCGUAGCUUUAGACUCGGUUAAAAAUAUCCCGUCAGGAUCUGAAUCUCUCUAUAGGGAGCGUAGCUUUAGACUCCUGUACAUCUCUUGAUUCUUUUACCAUGUCUCCUGAUUUCUAUAACCUGUGUCCUGAUUUCUGUAAUCUGUCUCCUGAAUUCUAUAUACCCUGUGUCUUGAUUUCUAAACCCUGUGUCCCAAAUUCUAUACCCUGUGUCCUGAAUUCUGAACCCUGUGUCCCAAAUUCUAUACCCUGUGUCCUAAAUUCAAUACCCUGUGUCCUGAAUUCUAUAUACCCUGUGUCCUGAAUUCUGUAUACCCUGUGUCCUGAUUUCUAAACCCUGUGUCCUGAAUUCUAUAUACCCUGUGUCCUGAAUUCUAUAUACCCUGUGUCCUGAUUUCUUCUCCCUAAUUAUGUGUUGAUAAAAGAACAUCAAUAGUAUGACUGUCUUAAGGAGACUUUAAAACCCAUUCCAUUGAAAUGGGCGUUAAAUCUCGUUUCUCGUUCAUUCUAUUGUAAGAAUAUACAUGUGUACCGUAACUGUAUUAUAAAAUAAACAAUAUAUCUGAA